AUGCGCCUCCUAGAACGCAAUGAUACCGGCGAUGUCAGUUUGACGGGUGACAUUCCCGACGACCAGGUCCCACCGUAUGCGAUACUUUCGCACACAUGGGGCGACGAAGAGGUCAGCUUUGAGGAUGUAACGGACGGUACAUGCAAGAACAAAAGAGGCUACUCUAAGAUCCAGUUUUGCGGAGACCAAGCCGGGCGUGAUGGACUGAAAUUCUUCUGGAUCGACACAUGCUGCAUCAACAAAUCCGACUGCGAUGAGUUUCAGGAGGCUCUCAACUCCAUGUUCCGAUGGUACCGCAAUGCGGCCAAAUGCUAUGUCUAUCUCACAGACGUCUCAACCUACCAACAGGACGCCGAUAGCAAUCCCGGUUGGGAAUUGGCUUUUCGGAAAUCCAGAUGGUUCACUCGUGGGUGGACCCUCCAAGAGCUUAUUGCGCCAACAGUUGUUGAAUUCUUCUCCGAAGACCGCAAGCGCCUAGGAGACAAGAAGUCACUCGCACAGCAUAUUCACAACACAACUGGCAUUCCUCUAGAAGCUCUCCAAGCCAAGAAAUUGUCCGAUUUCAGCUUUGACGUACGUAUGUCGUGGAUUAAACACCGCAGCACGACGCGCGAAGAAGACAGGGCUUACUGUCUAUUCGGCCUCUUUAACGUACAAAUGCGGCUUCUAUACGGCGAAGGAGAAGAAAGAGCAUUUGAGCGGCUGCGAGAGGAAAUUAGCAAGCAUGAUCGCUGUCUGUCCAGUCUGCAUUCUACCGACCCGCGCCUUGACAAGAAGCGCAUCGAGGAGGCAAAGGGUGGGUUGCUUGAUGACGCCUACCGCUGGGUUUUCGACAACCCCGUCUUCCGCGGUUGGCAUGACCAGUCAGAGAGCCGCCUUCUCUGGAUUAAAGGAGAUCCCGGCAAGGGCAAGACCAUGUUGCUCUGCGGCAUAAUUAACGAACUGGAGGGUGCCAUUGUUGUAGACGGGCACUGUCGCAACUUGGCCUAUUUCUUCUGCCAAGCUACCGACUCGCGCAUCAAUAACGCCAUUGCCGUGUUACGCGGCUUGAUCUACCUUCUUGCCCACCAGCAGCCACGUCUCAUCCCCCACAUACGCAAAUACACGGAUAAGGCUAAAUCGCUCUCUGACGCAAAUGCGUGGUUCGUCCUCUCGGAUAUUUUAGGGGGGAUGCUAGGAGACCCGAACUUGAAGCCAACCUACCUGGUCAUCGACGCUCUGGACGAAUGCAUGGGUGACUUGCCAAGACUUCUUAAAUUUAUCAUCGGGAUGUCAUCUACGUUUCCUUGUGUCAAGUGGGUCGUCUCUAGUCGCAACUGGCCGAAUAUCGAGGAGAGCCUAGAAGCCGCGGAAAAGAAGAUAAGGCUCAGUCUUGAGUUAAACGAAGAGUCUAUCUCCUCCGCUGUCAGCACAUAUAUUCAGCAUAAGAUAGAUGAACUAGCGUGGCUAAAGAGGUACGACGACAGAACAAAGAACGCUGUUCAACACCACUUGACCCGCAACGCAAACGACACAUUCCUCUGGGUGGCUUUGGUUUGUCAAGAACUUACGAAUGUUUCACGAUCGAGGGUUCUCACCAAGUUGAACACGUUUCCACCUGGUCUUGAUUCUCUCUACCAACGAAUGAUAGAUCAGGUUCGCCGCUCGGAUGAGGCAGAUCUCUGCAAACAAGUGAUGGCCGUCCUCUCCAUUACUUACCGGCCUAUUACGAUACAAGAGCUGACAUCUUUCGUGGAUAUACCCGAGGGCAUCUCCGACAAAAAGGAAUUCAUGACAGAGAUAGUAGGACUCUGCGGCUCUUUUUUGACCCUUCGAGAAACCACCAUCUAUUUCGUCCACCAAUCCGCAAAGGAUUUCUUGCUGAGAGAGGCGGCUUAUGAAGUUUUUCCUUCCGGGAUAAAAGACAUACAUCAUACCGUCUUCUCUCGAUCGUUACACAUUAUGUCCGGAACAUUACGACGCGACAUCUACAGCCUUGGCGCCCCGGGAUCUUUCAUCAACGACGCCAAACUACCCGAUCCAGACCUGCUGGCCGCAGCACGCUAUGCUUGUAUCUACUGGGUUGAUCAUCUCUGUGACUGGCAGGCGAGCGACGAUAGCAAGCACCCAGAUGUUUUCCAAGAUGGUGGUAUCGUCGAUGGCUUUCUGAGACAGCAUUACCUCCACUGGCUUGAAGCACUUUCACUUUGUAAGAGCAUGCCGCAAGGGGUACUUUCAAUGGCAAACCUCGAAAGCAUUCUUCAGGUAAAGCUCUACCCAGUAAUAGUAUCAUAUCAUUAA